AUGGACAACCAGCCAGGGCUGGAACAUCAUGGCAGCGAGGACUUUGCAGACGCACUGGAGCAGGCUGCCAGCACGCUGCAACAGGAGGACUUGACGCUGUUGGCCGGGUCUGGCGCGGAGGAGUUGACCAUCGACCACAUACACAACCUGUCGACCGCUCCCCAGCCGAUGCGCACCGCCAGCUACCACUCCUUCGAGACCCUCAGCUCAGACAUGGCCAGCUCGGGGUUGUACGGCGGCAGCAGCCAGGCCGGCGCGCUGCCUGCCGGCGGCGUGACGCACAUUGGCGACGUCAUCCCCAUCCAGCGCCCCUCCAGCUCCAACUCCUCGGUCAGCGGCACAGCCGAGGCGGCACGCCGCAUGCCUGACGACGAGGCGGACAGCGGCGUGUCGCCGCUGCCCAAGGUGCCGGGCCGCAAGACGCCGCCCCCCGCCGGGCAGCCCUCCCUGUCCGGCGCCUCGUCUCGCAGCGGCAGCAGGCCUGCCAGCGCUGGCGGCGCGGGGCCCAGCAGCGGCGUGGCCAGCAGCGGAGGCAGCAGGGGCAAGCUGCCACGAGUCGCGCUGCUGGCCAAGCCGCCGCCGAAGAAGGAGGAGCCUUCGUCGCCGCCGCGCGGCAGCCGCCCCUCCUCCGCGCGCAGCCCCUCCAGCGCCCGCCUCGGCGGCCGUGCCAGCGCCGGGCCCAGCCCCGCCAAGACCGGCAGCAUGGUGCAGCGCAGCACGGGGUCGGCCUCGGACGGCAGGACGGCGGCACGCAUCGCCUCCAUGUCGGCGGCACGCAGCACCUCCAUGUCUGGCACCAGGAUCCCUAGGCCGGCCGGCUUGGCCAGCCCGCCCCCCAAGGAGCCGCCCGGCCGCGGCAGCCCGCCGCAGAAAGCGCCGCCCGGCCCCGAGCGCAGCUUGGGCAGCCCGCCGCAGCGGGGGCCGUCCAGCCCGCAGCGCGGCGGCGGCGGCGGCAGCCCCAAGAAGGCUGUGACAGCCGGCAGCUCUCGUGCGGGGCUGUACAGCAGCAGCGCCGCUGCCGCCAGCCCUCCCGCCCGCAGCAGCAGCAGCAGCUAUGGGGCGGCGGCUCCGGCGCAGCGUGCGGCGGGGGUGCAGCGGGCGGGGUCGCGGGUUGGCGAGCGGCGCGCCGGCGGUGGCGCCGCCGCCCCAGCCAGCCCUUCUAAGAUGGACACCCGCAAGCAGCUGGAGGAUAUUAUGCGGGACCUGCAGGACAUCAAGAAGGACCUGGGGCUGCCGGUGGACGGCCCUGGGGGCGCAGCCGGCGCGGCAGAGUGCGCGGCAGCGGCAGAGGUGGCUGCCGCGGCGGCGCGCGAGGCUGCGGAAAAGGAGGCAGCAGCCGGCGCAGCUGCAGACGCGGCUGCUGAUGGCGCGGCAGACGUGGCGCAGGAGGGCAGCGGCGGCCAGGAGGCGGCCGGCGCCGACGCGGAGGCUGCUGCUGAGGGGGCAGCAGCCGCAACCGAGGCGGCUGAGUGUGGAGCUGCUGGCGGCUGUGGCGAGGAGGGCGCGGCAGGAGCGGCGGAGCCAGGGGCUGCAGCUGAGCAGGCAACAGCCAGCGAGGAGGUGGCCGCAGCUGCAGAGGAGGGGGCAGCUGGGGAGCCAGAGGAGCCAGGGGAAGCUGAGGAGGCUGGCAAGGAGUUGGAGGAUGGGGCGCCCGCCCUUGUUGUUGCCAUCCCAGAGGCGGCGGCGGACGAGGCGCUGCCCACCAGCACCGCGGCUGCACACAUCGAGGGGCCCAGCACACCAAACGCCAAGCUGGAGACUGAGGCGGCUGGCUCGGAUGCGGCGGCCAAGCAGUGCUGCGCGUGCGCGAUCCAGUGA